AUGACUGAAAAAGAAUUAUCAUCAAAUUCUGAUUGGCUUUUGGUAGAAAAUGAGAAAGAUGAUUUGGAAAAACUUCAAAUUAAUUUUGAAAAACUUGAAAAAAAUUUGGUUGGAGAGAAAGAAAAGAGUGUCAAUUUAGAAAAGAAAGUUGUUUUUCUUGAAAAUGAAUUGAAGGAAAUGAAUAAAAAAGGUAUACCAGAAAAGUCACCAGUCAAAGGAGAGCCACAACAAACUCAGCAACUAUUCACUCCGGUUUCAAAGCCUCAGCAAAAAAUUACUUUAGGAGAUUUGUCUUUCCAACAAAAUCCAAACGACCCACAAAAAUGGAUUAUAACGAAUGGAGGCGGUGGAAGUUCAAACAUUAAAACACCUCAAAAAACAAUAAAAGGUGCUGCGAAUUUUGUUGGAAUUAAAAAUAAAUGGAGUGAAAUUUAUGGAUGUUGUUCCAAUAAUUGUAUAAAUCCAAAUAAACCUGUUGGAAAUUGUAUUGAAGGAAAUGGAUUUGGAAAUUUAAUUAAUGAUGAAAAUAUUAAAUAUAUUAAUUGCUUGAAGGAGCAAGGAGGAAAAAAUGCCAUUGCUUAUGUUCAUGCUGAAAAUUCAUUUAAAAAACCUCAUACUUGUUUUAAUUAUUCUUUAUAUUAUUUUGAAGUUAAAUGUAUAUUUGAAGGAGAGUUGAAUCAAAUUUGGAAAUGGAUUUAUAUUGGUCUAAAAAAUUGUAGGACAAAUAAAUUUAUUAAAUUUUCUGCUGAGUUUGCUACUGUUUUUAACGAGAAAGCUGUUGGAUUUUAUCUAGACAAUAUUUCUUGGAAGGAUAAUGAUAUUUUUGGUUGUGGAUUAGUUUAUCCUCCAACUAAUAUGACAAAUGAAUUUCCUUAUGUUUUCUUUACACAAAAUGGAAAACAGAUUGGGAAAGCUAUUUUAUUGAACGAGAAUUCUGACUCAUAUAAACCUUCUGUUUUUCUGAUGAGUUGUUCUAUUGAAGCUAAUUUCGGAAAUAAUUUGGAAGCUAAGCCGUUUAAUUAUGAAAUCUCAAAACAUGAAAUUCUCAAAGAAUUUUAUUGA